AUGAUGAAAGAGGCUGAUGACCUUCAUCAAGCUCUGAUGAAGCUCAUAUCAGACUUGGCCAUGCAGGACGAAGAGGAGCUCCACAACGACCAGGAGGAUAGGGAAAGGUUUUUGAACACAUUUCCUCAGGUGAAAAUGGAGCUUGAGGAGCGCAUAAAGAAGCUCCGGGCCCUCGCAGACAAGAUUGACAAGGUGCACAAGGACUGCACCAUCUCCCAUGUGGUGGCCACCUCCACUGGCGCUGUCUCUGGAGUUCUGACAAUCCUUGGCCUGGCUCUGGCACCAGUGACAGCAGGGGUCAGUCUGGCACUCUCAGCCACUGGGAUUGGGCUGGGAACAGCAGCUGCUGUGACUAGUGUUGCCACUAGCAUCGUGGAUCACUCAAGCACGUUGUCAGCCAAAGCUGAAGCCGGAUCUCUGCUGUCCACCAGCAUGGACACAAUGAAAGAGGUUAAGAAUGUUCUUUCACAGACCGCACCCAGAGUGGCUUCCACAACCACAAAGUGCAUUCAAGAUCUGCAACGCAUUGAGAAGAGCAUCCAUGUUAUCAAGCUGGCCAAGGCCAACUCUCGUUUAGCAGCCAAGGCCAAGCGUCUCAUGACCACUGGGAGAAUCUCAGCUCGAAGUACUAAGCAAGUGGAGAGAGCCUUUGGAGGCACUGCACUGGCAAUGACCAAAGGAGCCCGGAUGAUGGGUGCAGCCACUGCAGGUGUCUUCCUUCUGAUGGAUGUGAUCAGCCUUGUGAAAGAGUCAAUGCAUUUGCACGAUGGAGCAAAGACAGAGUCUGCUGCAGAGCUGCGGCAGCGGGCUGAGGAGCUGGAGAAGAUGUUAGAAGAGCUCAUCCAGAUCCAGGAGAGUUUGUAGUCAGGCCCCACUCAGUGAGCCCUCCGCUGAGUCUGCUGAGUCAGAAGAGAAUUGCUGGACAUCUUCGUGGACAAUGGAGAUCCUACUACUGCAUCAUCAUAGGAGGGAUGGACUCAUGGCAAUAUUGCAUGAGAGGGAGCCUCACAUGAAGUG